CCAACCUCACAAAACCCUGCUGAUGUUGCUACUAGACCAGUACUUGCGUGUCGCCUAACUGAAACAAAUUGGCUCACUGGUCCACCAUUUCUGCAACAUUCAGCAUCCAUCCCCGUGAAAGAGGCUCCCUAUAGUCUCAUUGAUCCAGAUACAGACAUGGAGGUGCGAACGCAUGCCACAACCUGUUUAAACCCUAAUCCUGGUCUCGGUUCUCACCGCUUCGAAAGAUUUUCUUCUUGGAAGUCUUUAAAAAGAGCCAUAGCUUCAAUUGUUCACAUUGCAUUGUCAUUCAAAAACAAUGAAAAGACAUGCCACGGCUGGCACCGUUGUGAGAGUUCAUUCACACCCGAUAUACUAACUCAAGCUGAAAAUGUCAUCAUCAGAUGCGUACAAAGAGAGGCUUACAAAGUAGAAAUUGCGUGUCUGGAGAAUGAAAAGGCCAUUCCCAAACAAAGUUCCUUCAAGAGGCUGAACCCAGUCCUGGAAGACGGACUUCUAAGAAUUGGAGGCAGACUAGAACAGUCCAUCCUCCUCAGCAGCGAGAAACACCCUCUCAUCAUUCCCGGCCAUAAAUACAUAGCAACCCUAAUAAAUCAUUAUCAUGAGAAAGUAAAUCAUCAAGGUCGAAUAUUCACAGAUGGAGCAAUCCGUACUGGAGGAUUCUGGAUAGUCGGAGCAAAGAGACGCAUCAAUGGCAUUCUUAACAAGUGCAUCACUUGCCGCAAACAAAGAGGUAAAACAGCUGAACAGAAAAUGGCAGACCUCCCACCUGACCGCAUCAGCAUGGAGCCACCCUUUACUAACGUCGGCUUAGACGUGUUCGGCCCUUGGAACGUGUCAGCACGCCGUACCCGUGGAGGUCAUGCUUUUAUUAAAAGAUGGGCAGUGAUUUUCACAUGUUUAUCUGUGCGUGCCAUCCAUAUUGAACUGAUAGAGUCAAUGGACACGUCAAGCUUCAUUAAUGCACUUCGCCGGUUCUUCGCCAUUCGAGGCCCGGCAAAGAUCAUACGAUCUGACUGUGGUACUAAUUUCACGGGAGCAUGCAAAGAGCUGAACAUUCUUGCGGUCUCUACCAAAGAUACAAGCAUGACAAAAUACCUUAGUGAAGAAGGUUGCAAGUGGAUCUUUAACCCGCCUCAUUCAUCCCACAUGGGAGGAGCAUGGGAGAGGAUGAUCGGACUUGCAAGACGGAUUUUAGACUCCAUGCUUCCUCAAAUCAGCUCCUCACAUCUGACUCACAAAAUGUUGUCAACUCUAAUGGCUGAAGUGUGUGCUAUUGUCAAUGCAAGACCUCUCGUAUCCAUUUCUACCGAUCCUGAAUCGCCACUUCUCCUCACUCCAGCAAUGAUCCUCUCCCAAAAGGUGUGCACUCAAUCCACACCCCUUGGACCAUUUGAAGGCGCUGAUCUGUAUCGGAAACAGUGGAAAAGAGUGCAGUAUCUUGCCAGCUUAUUUUGGGAAAGGUGGAGACGAGAAUAUAUUGCAUCCCUUCAGCCCCGUAAGAAAUGGCAAGACAACAAGCCUAAUAUCAAGGAAGGAGACCUGGUUCUUCUGAAAGAUAAUCAGGUUAAAAGGAAUGAAUGGCCAAUGGCUUUGGUCACCAAAGCUAUCGUUGACUCGGAUGGCAAAGUCAGGAAACUGGAACUGAAAGUCACUAAGAAUGGAACUGCUAAAACUUUUUUACGACCUAUUACAGAGGUUAUUUUGCUUAUGUCUUAAAUUAUCAUGUGAAUACAGACAUUAAGAGUGGUUUUAUACUUAAUACCAGACGGGGAGUAUUAU